GCUCCUGCUGGAUUUCUAUUGCUAGAAGAGAAACUGACCACACGGGGAAAGGUAGAGGCUUCAGGCAGGGCAGUUCCGCGUGUGUUUACAGGCAGGACUGACUUACUCAGCAAAUCCUGCUCGGAGGAGCUGCGGCCAAUGAAGAGCCUAUAUCCCGGCUUGCUUGGGGCUCCCGAGUUUGAGCUGCAUGCAGAAAUGUAAGGCAGUGCUUCCUGGCGCUGAUGGCAAAAUGGGACCCAGCUCCAGUCCUUCCUCGGGCUGCCCAGCUCUGCAGAUCUGGGAGAGAACCUACAUACACAUAUUGGUGAUGUAGCCAGCUUUAAAGGCCAGCGGAAUCCUGAUGGAUUCAGGAGACUGGUUUGUUAUUUAGAUUUUUAUUUUUUAUUUUGUAUUUGUUGGAAGAUGAAAUGCUUCUCUCGUUACCUGCCUUACAUCUUCAGACCUCCGAAUACCAUCCUCUCCUCCAGCUGCCACACGGAAGGCUCGGACCAUGGUGCAGUCCCACUGGCUCCCCUGCCCCCCUCUCCUGUGAGACUGGCUGCGGGGAGGGAUCAUGGAUACUUGUCUGCCGGCUUCUGGUUCCCACGCAAGUAAGCCUGCUGUCAAUGGAGGAGGACAUUGAUACCCGCAAAAUCAACAACAGUUUCCUGCGCGACCACAGCUAUGCGACCGAAGCUGACAUUAUCUCUACGGUAGAAUUCAACCACACGGGAGAAUUACUAGCGACAGGGGACAAGGGGGGUCGGGUUGUAAUAUUUCAACGAGAGCAGGAGAGUAAAAAUCAGGUUCAUCGUAGGGGUGAAUACAAUGUUUACAGCACGUUCCAGAGCCAUGAACCCGAGUUCGAUUACCUGAAGAGUUUGGAAAUAGAAGAAAAAAUCAAUAAAAUAAGAUGGCUCCCCCAGCAGAAUGCAGCCUACUUCCUUCUGUCUACUAACGAUAAAACUGUGAAGCUGUGGAAAGUCAGCGAGCGCGAUAAACGGCCAGAGGGUUACAACCUGAAAGAUGAGGAGGGCCGGCUGCGGGAUCCUGCCACCAUCACAACCUUGCGGGUGCCUGUCCUCAGACCCAUGGACCUAAUGGUGGAGGCCACCCCGCGAAGAGUAUUUGCCAACGCACACACAUAUCAUAUCAACUCCAUAUCGGUCAACAGCGACUAUGAAACCUACAUGUCAGCUGAUGACCUGAGGAUUAACCUAUGGAACUUUGAAAUAACCAAUCAAAGUUUUAACAUCGUGGACAUUAAGCCGGCCAACAUGGAGGAGCUCACGGAGGUGAUCACGGCGGCCGAGUUCCACCCCCAUCACUGCAACACCUUCGUGUACAGCAGCAGCAAAGGGACAAUCCGGCUGUGCGACAUGCGGGCGUCGGCCCUGUGUGACAGGCACACCAAAUUUUUUGAGGAGCCGGAAGAUCCAAGCAACCGGUCGUUUUUCUCUGAAAUUAUCUCUUCGAUUUCGGAUGUGAAGUUCAGCCACAGUGGGAGGUACAUCAUGACCAGGGACUAUCUGACCGUUAAAGUCUGGGAUCUCAACAUGGAAAACCGCCCCAUCGAGACUUACCAGGUUCAUGACUACCUCCGCAGCAAAUUGUGCUCCCUCUACGAAAACGACUGCAUUUUUGAUAAAUUCGAGUGCGUGUGGAAUGGGUCAGACAGCGUCAUCAUGACCGGCUCCUACAACAACUUCUUCAGGAUGUUUGACCGAAACACCAAGCGUGAUGUCACCCUGGAGGCCUCGAGGGAAAACAGCAAACCCCGGGCUAUCCUGAAACCUCGAAAAGUGUGCGUGGGGGGCAAGCGGAGAAAAGACGAGAUCAGCGUCGAUAGCCUGGACUUUAGCAAAAAGAUCUUGCAUACAGCUUGGCAUCCUUCAGAAAAUAUUAUAGCAGUGGCGGCUACAAAUAACCUAUAUAUAUUCCAGGACAAGGUUAACUAGGAGGACAAGUUAUUAUUGCUUAAUAAUCUCACAUACUGAAUACUAGUCAAACAUGUUUUUAAAUGUUUCUUUGGGUCUUCAUUUGAUGCAUUGACUUUCAUUUCCCUACACGGAAAACAACUGGGAUAGAAUUCAAAGGAGUCCAACUUUCCCAUAUCCCCAGUUCUAAGACACUUUUGUCCAACCCAAUAGGUCCCGGACACUUCUGUUUAGAAUUGAGAGCUGCCAGCUAACAGUAAUUCUUCCAUAGUUGACCUGAAUUUCUGAUGCUUUUCUUUGCCCAGUUUUCUCUGGUGGGUCCCGUGUUUUGUUGCUAGGUGUCUGCUGAGAUAAAAUGAGGUUGUCUGUAGUAUUUAAAGUGAAAAGGGAUACGUUUUUUUUUAAUUAAACAAUUCCCUUUGAUUGAAAAAUUCAACAAAAAAAUAAACACCGUUUACUCUACUCUUUAGAGAAAUGCUCCUUGUUUUGUGAGAAAGAAAAAAAAAAGAACUAGUCAGCAUCUCCUGCCCCAACAGCACUUUUUUUUUUUUUGCCAUUUUCUUUUUUAACAAUUUCAUUUGAGCCAGAGAUUUAUCUCAUGAGGCUGUGAAGGGGAUGCUGAAUGAGAAGGGGAGGACCGCAUCAGCACUGCUAUAGUCUUUCAUUUGUAAGCGCCAUAGAAAGAGCCUGAGAAUCUGGCUGGGAAGCACCGCGAGUGCUUCAGGGGGCAUAAAGGGAGCGCUUCCACACGGCGCUUCUCAGGGCUGGCUUGGCAAGGCCACGGGGGCCAGAUUCCAUCAGCCGCUCUGUUCCUCUUGCUUUUUGUCAUUUUAAAUGGCUCCAUAUAAUCCUCUACUUACACGUUCCCUGGCUUUUUCUCUUCACCCUUUUCUAGCUUACUUACUCCAUUGACUUCUAAAGGCCGGGCCCUGGUUGUUUCUUAGCUGGCGUUCUGCAUGAAGCUGGAGGCUGCGGGGACCAGCCCUGGCUCCCUGAGCAAGGCUGGCCUGUCCUUUUCGGGCGUGUCUCCUGAACAGGCCCCCUCCCCUCUUCCUGGGUUUGGUAACCAAAAGGAACAACCCAUCGAUCUCCACUGUCGCUAGAACCGAUACAGCCAAUAAAAAUGCUGAUUUGUACAGUC